GUUGACGUCACACUAAACUGAGUUUUUUCUCGGAGAUUUGAGGGAAAAAAAACAAAACAAAACGAAGGAGUUACAGUAGCUAUGGGUUGGAUAACAGUAAGCAAGCUUCCAUCUGAAUUAUGUUGGAGUACAGUUACAAGAGGUUGAGUGCCUACUUCAAGCUGUGCCAAAACGAAGAUAUGCCAGACAAAUGUGAAUGUUAUCGUACCUACAGGUGGAACAGCAAAAACAGUGGAAUUAACUAGUAAUGUUCAGCAAGCACACAAACAAGUAGAAAUCUUUGGCUUUAGAAUGCAACUCAAGAAACUAAGACAAAUCUUGCCAAGAUUUAAUUCUGCUUCUCUAAAUCAUGAGCCCAUCACCAUGGACAGAGACUCUAAUAGUGCUAAAAAUAAACUUGUGAACAAAACUAAAACUGUAAACGGACAGGAUUGUAAUGAAAAAACACUUGAUCGUGAAAGAGAAAUGUUAACUAUUUCUAUAAAAUGCAAACAAACAGAGGAUUUUUCAUCAAAUCAUCCAGAUUCCAUGUUUCUUUGCAGCAAAUGUGGGUUUUUUUCUGAGGAUAUGGAGCACACAGAUAUGCAUCCAGUUUACCAUGUAGACAAUUUGUUAGCAAAUAUGGAAAACCAAGUGGACAAAAAAAAUUCUGAUUACUGUGAGGAACACUUUGAAAAACAGACAAAGUCAGAAAAAUAUCAAUGUGACAAAUGCCGUUUUUUUUCGAGAGACUUCACGCAGUUUAAGAAGCACGUGUCACAGCAUGAUGAGAUUAAGUUUACAUGUUCAUAUUGUAAUCAUAUCUCGUAUACAAAGGGUGAAUCUCAGCGCCAUUUGGUACAACAUACUGGAAAGUUCCCCUAUAAAUGUGAGUUCUGUGACUAUGGAGCAGUAAGAAAUGAUUAUAUUGUAAAGCAUACUCAAAGAGUUCAUGGUAAACGAAAGGAAUGUUCUGAUGAUUCAGCAGUCAAAAAUACAGACACAUCACCUGUGAAAUGGGCAAUCCUGGAGGCGAAAAGUAUCCCUCAGCAAGAGAGCUGGACUCUUAAUACUUUCUCUUCGCCUACUGACAAAACCUGUAUUUAUAACACAGAAGUGAAUGCUACUGCAGUCGUAGAAAACACUGCAAUGGAUGCAGCUGAAAAUAUAACCAGCCCAAACACGGAUAAACAGAUAAGUAACUCCAUGGGUGUGUGCUCUAGCAAAGUUCAAGUGGAGCUUCUAACACCAUUGAAUGGGCCGAUGCAGCCUGGCACAGCCUUGACCACUGUCGCCCCCUCUCAGCUUGUUGUUCCUCCAGGCUGCUUUGCACAGGUGUUGGAAGUAAAAACAGAAAAUGGAACACAGCAGUUGGUGUUAAAGUUAAUUCCACAAGAUGCCUCUGGUGUUGAGGUAUUAGAGAACACCACUACAUGUAGUAGUGAGAUAUACGGCAAGCAGAAAGAAUUAUCAGACCAUGGUUUGUUACCAUUUGAUCAAUCUAAAUCAGUAGUCGGCUCCAAGGUCAGAAAAUCAUUAUCCGAUAAAUUUAAAAGUGCCCAGUCACACCAGGAAAAUAUGUGUUCCUUGCUUUCUGAAAAUACAGGUUCAACUGGCUUCAUCAGUGCUGCUGACCUGGUAAACAGGGAACAGUUAUUUUUACCACCUGCUAGGGGAAGUGAUGUAAAACAACCUGAAGACACUGAAAAUGUUUUUCAAGUUGCAGCCUCCCCUGAACCAAGAAAUAUUCACAGUGCUGUUCCUCUACAUUGCCUUUCUAAAGCUGAUCUCUGUGUAGAAAGAAAUGCACUGCAGAAAGAAUGUAUACCAUUAAAUGCACCUCUUUUUAAAAAUGGUAUCAAUAAAAAAUCAGAAGAGGACUGUGCUGAUGAAUCAUUUGAGACCAUGAAUUGGCCUAUAAUCUCAUCAGUAUUUUCACUUUGUUGUGAGACUGAAGAUUUUCUUGGUGACGUUAGAUGGGAUGGAAAUCUGGAAAGUAUUUGUGACAGUAAAGGUACAAACUAUUCUGUCAUCCCUGCAAGUGCUGAAAAGCAUAAUGAGUUUGACGUUGACAAAACUGUGAUACCAGAGCAGAAAGAAAAAGGUGAUUGCACUGCAACAGUAAAUACUGAAGUAAAGGCAACCAAGAUUGCUGGAUCGGCCAAAAGUAAUGCUGGUUCACCAAAUGGACCAACAGUUUCGUCAUAUGUUGAAGCAAAACCCCCAGAAAAAACACCUGUUAUUGUUGGAGUUUCAUCUAAAAAUGCAAGUCAAAACCUUCAUCCGAUGUCUGUUGAUAUUUCAAUUAAUUCCCCAGAAGCUUCUACAACAGAAUUCUCAAAACCUCAGAAGUUAACUCCUAUAGAAUUGAUCCCAAAUCAUGAAAGCGAAGCUGCUCAAAUUAAACAACCUCUUGUUGCCUAUUCAAAUUCAACAGAAAGCAAAAUAGUUGACAACAUCAGAGAAAAUGUACCAGUGUUGGGUAACCAAGCAAACAUUUUUGGAGGGGACAUCAAUUCUUUAGUCAUUCAGAAAGAAGAAAACAGUUCUACAGAGAGUCAUAGAGAUAAGCAACAUGUAACUGGUCUUCAGUCAACCAGCAGUGCUGGUUAUUGUGAUGGAAGUAACAAAAUUGCUGUACAGUAUGAAAACAAGGCUGAUGGAAUACUACUCCCUUGUGCAAAAAAUGACACUUCAAAGCAACUCAUAACUGACAUGGCUGCUUUGAUCUGUGGAACAGACAAAAGGACCAUUAAUGCAGAAAAGCUCUACAACCGCCGCAGAAAGUUGAGAAGUUUUCUCGAGUCCCCACCAGUAUUCAUCCCACAAGGCACUGUGCUAAAGGUGCUAGACUCCAAUGAACAGUUACAGUCAGAGACUGCUGUAAUAAAUACAAGAAAGGUCUUUGACAACUCAGAACUGUUACUUAUGCCUAGGCCAGUUCCAUUCAGCAGUUUGGAAAUCAUAAACGUUGUAUUACCAUCUGAAAACCAAGAAACAAAUAUGUGUGCUGGACAUUGGUCAAAGGAAAAUCUUACCACAACGUCCGUGAAAAGGAAAAGGGCGCAAGAAGACAAUGAAAAUAUAGAAGAGAGGUUGGAGGUAGCCAAGCGGUUAACUCUGACUUUAAUUUGCAAAAAUGGACCCUGGCAUAAGGCUAGAAAACACAAAAAGAAAAAAAGAAAAACAGAUGGCACUGAUCCCAAAUGUAAUACCCUUUAUGCAUUAAAAAAAGCUACCAGACUUAGACUGAUUCCAUUAAGAAAUGACCAGCUAAUUAAAUGCCCCCUUCGCAAUCAGCCUGUCAUUGUUCUGAACCAUCCUGAGGUUGAUACUACUGAAGUGACAAACAUUAUGCAUACCAUUAACAAAUACAAAGGAAAUGUGCUUAAAGUUACUCUAUCAGAAAGAACCAAAGUUUCUCUGCAUUUAAAGAAUCAGAUUACAAAACAAUCAGCAACACAAUGUCAACUUAAAGGCCCUGUGGAAGAACGUAAUUUACUGAAAAUGAAGAUAAAAAAAAUUCAAGAUAAUUACCAGGUUGUGGGACUUGUUCCAGGACUGUCUCAUCCAUGAGUUUUACGUUUUUGUUUUUGUGCACAGAUGUUUGACGACCAUGCAGAAUGGCUAACACAUGGGCAAAGACAUUUAAUUGAGGCUGCCAAGGACUGGAAUUUAAUUCAAAUCCACCUUUAGCACAUAUACAUAUACAGUGCCUGUAGAAAGUCUACACCCCCUUUCAAAAUUUUCACCUUUUGUUGCCUUAUA